AUGUUCUACGACGCUGCACCCAAGCUGGCCGCAGCUGUGAUUAUCCUGGCCAUUCCAGCUUUCGCUUUAUUUGGCCUUCGGUGUUACGUUCGCCUCACGUCGGCAAAAUGGGGUUGGGACGACUGGAUGAUGUCGGUGGCUAUGCCAUUCUUUCUCAUCUUUACAAUCAGCGCCUUGAAAGCCGCCGACUCCGGAAUUGGAGCGUACGACUACCGAACCACAGCGGCUGAGAAGGUGGUUGCAUUGAAAUGGUUUUACCUUGGGCAGGUGUUUUUUUGCAUCUCAAUCAUGUUUGCAAAAGUCAGCAUCGCCCUGCAGCUUGUGCGCGUUGCAUCUCAAAAGCGACCAUACCUCGUCGGGUUAUGGUGCAUCGUUGGCACCAUCGUGCUUUCUCUUUCUUUCACAACCAUCUUCCUGUUGUCGCAGUGCACUCCGAUCACGGCCAACUGGCUGCCAUCGACACCUGGCGCAAAAUGCCUGCCAUCACUUGCCCUCACUGUAGUCAGCUUCACUCAGUCUGGCAUCAACAUCAUCACCGACUGGCUUUGCGCCGUGCUGCCGAUCCCUCUCCUUUGGGACGUGAAGAUGAAUUCGAACACCAAGAUGUCGGUCGUGGGGCUCCUUGGGCUCGGCAUUUUUGCGAGCGUCUCGGCAAUGAUCCGGUUGAACUACACCGUUAGCUACAUGAAUCCCACCGACGGUUACCUGUAUGGCGUCGUGAACCUGGUGAUCUGGGCGUACGCCGAGGCUGGAAUUGCAGUAAUUUGCGGGUGCACGGCGUGCCUGCGGCCGCUGUUCUCGUCCGUCUUCAGAGUCGGCAGCAGUUCCGACCACAAGGACACGUAUGCGCUGCAGAGCCGGACGCUGCGCUCGCGCAGCUACAACGGGGUCAAGCUGCCCAGCGUCGACUCGCGGCUGGCGCACAAGAGCGUGGUGACGACGCACUGCAGCGCGGCGGGCAGGGCGGGCAGCGACGACGGCGGCGGCGGCAGCGGCAGCGGCAGCGGCAGCGUCAAGGGCGACAACGAGAGCCAGGUGCAGAUCCUGGAGGGGGUUGGCAUCCAUGUAAAAUACGAGCUCGACACGCGCGUGCAAUGA